GAAUAUGACGACCCUAUUCUUCAAAACUAAAAUGAAACCACUACAUUUUAAUUGAGUCUCAAACCAAACCCACCUAAGUCCAGCGAACCGAGAUCGGGCGGAAGGGGCUGACAGUUUGGGUCGAUUAUCGGCCUAUAAGCUACAAAUCAAAUCACCUUUCUGGACCGUUAGAGGAUCCGACGCACGGAGCCUUUGCCGGCGGCAGCCUAGUACGCUGUACGGCUGUAGUCGCUGCCAAAAGGAGAGGCGGAGACUCUUGAACUGGAGGCGUGAUGGAGGCGAAGCAGGCGGCGGCUGCGGUCGACCGGCUCUCCUCCCUCCCGGCGGAGCUGCAGGACGAGAUCCUCGUCCGCCUCGACCUCCGGGACGCCGUGCGCACCUCUGCGCUCUCCCGCACCUGGCGGGACCUCUGGAAGUCGCUCUCGGUGCUCUCCCUCUCCUUCCCCGUCGGCACGCAGCCCUCAGUCGUCGACAGUAUCCUCCUCCCCUACAUAGGCCCUCGCGUCUCCCUAUUCGACUUCUGCGUCAACGAGGCGUCUGUCGGCCGCAUCGACGACUGGCUCGUCGCGCUCUCCCGCUGCCGCGUUGAGUCCAUCCACAUAUCUAACAGACUCGGAUCAUGCGACUACUUCAACCUCCACUCCUCAAUCUUCUCAUUAGGUGAUCUCGUGUCCCUGCGGCUGGAAGGCUGCAACAUCCCACCCCUCCCUGUAGGAUUCGCCGGCUUUCCUGCGCUCCAGGAGCUAGACCUCGCCUUUGUUAACUUCCCAUCGAACGAGGACAAACAGUUGGAGGCUAUCAUUCGUCGGUCGCCCUUGCUUCAUACCCUGUUUAUGUGUAAUGUGUGCAUCCCUGAUGGUUACCCAGACUCAGUGAUUGAGGCGCCCAAUCUCCGUGUGCUGUCAUUCGUUUCAGAGUAUGACUAUGGAUGCCGAUUUGGAGAGCUGCCGUGUCUCGAGUAUGCCGACAUUGAUGCGUUAUUCUGUCCGCAGCAUGAACAUGAUUAUGGAUUUUUCCUUGCUCGGUUUGCUCACGUUCAAAGGCUCACCAUCUUCUGUCCAGCUGCCGAUGUUAACAUGCCGUACACACUUCCAUUCACCUUUUAUAACCUGAAGAACUUGGAGUUAUGUCUGAACUUCGGUGAAAUGGACUCCAUUUUGUUCAUGUUUACCUUGCUAAGGAGCUGUCGCAACCUUCAGGGCAUAGAAAUAGAGGACAUCGAUCAGAGUUUUGAGGCAGAUUGGGAGUUCUUAAAUGCUCUGUGGACUCAUGACAUGUGUUCCGAUCUUCAAACUGUGCACAUGAUGUGUAUCAGUUGGCUUCCAAAUGAAAUUUCAUUUAUGAAGCUUAUGCUCUCUAAAGCAACUGUUCUUCGCACAUUAGAUGUUGAUAGACACCCUGCUGAUUUUGAUGAUCCCAUAAUUGACAUGCUAACAUGCAAAAGAGCUUCAGCUCAAGCUCGUGUCCUGUUUGGAGGUUUGGAGCAACAGUGGUAGUUGAGGUGGUGUAUUACUGAGUGCAAGAUUGGUUCACUUGAAUGAUACAAGACCCGCUUUCCCUGCUCCCUGCUGAAGUGUUUUUUUUUGUUUUUCUCCAUCAUCACCAUGAUACACGAAUCAUGUAGAAAAUGGCUUAUCCAGGGAACUGGCAUGAUUUGUUUGUCUUGUUCAGAUGAAGCUGAUUUGGUAUUGGUUGUUCACUAGAUCAGUAGAGAUAUUCGUGGCAGCAAGCGCCCAGAGUCGAUUGGUUAACGAAGCAUACCUCCAAACUUGCCUGAGUAGGUGAAAUUCGGCUACCCAUUCGUUAGAACUUGUUGCUUGCCAAGCAGAGCUCAUGCAAUAAGCAAUCCAUGGGGGGUUUUGUUUCUAGCUAAAUUUCUUCUCUGUUUAGUGAAAGCUUCUCCCCUUUACUUCAUACUCCUGUUUGUAUUGUUGUCCGGUUCCAGUUAACGUGCCGAAUCUAUUUCCAACAUUAGUUUCCCUGAUUUUGCCUC